ACCUGCGCUCAUCUCAUCGCAUACCUUCACCUGAUAAAUAAAGACGGAGGUGGAGCUCUGUAACAAACAUGGCGGAAGCGAACGUUUCCCCGCAAUUCGCGGGAGUCGAAUCAAGUGGCGUUUAAAGUGUCCACAAUUCUGUCUGUAACGCUGCUUCCAUGACAGACGCUGACAAAGUAACACACAGUAAAAAUGAUAGUUUCCAGUUUCAAGACCACCUUCUGAAGUCUAAGUCUGAAGUCUAUAUGUGAUGACCUGUUUAACACAGAGGAGAUGUACCAGGCACAUAUUCGGGGAAGCAGGGUUAACAUCAGACAAGCUGUACGUCAGCCUUUUGCCUGUGUGUGAGUGUCACUGUCACUGGAGGUUUUACCCUGAUGACUCAAGGCCCUGUUGGCUCGGUUAAACCCACUGUCAACAACAACGUCAUCAUCAUUUGUGACAGGCAGCAGCAACAGAAGGUAUCACCACUUUCACACAGAGGCAACCGGCCAGAAUGUCUCUCCUGGUUCUGACAUGGACACUGGUGAUGGUGUCUUCGUGGACAGCAGAUUCAAGGCAGGUCCUGCUGCAGGACCACAUAAAAAUACUUUAUCCUCCAAUCUCCGGUCAGGCGAUGAUUGAGUGCGACUGUGUCAAUGCCUCCUGUGAUUCUGUGUACUGGUUUCGAAGCAAUCCCACCCAUGGCCACUUCCAAUAUUUGGGCAAAUACAACAAUGCUGACCGUCCCAUGUAUCAUUCUGGAGUGAAUAAUUCACACUUCAAAUUCAGCAAAAAAGCCAGUGCCUGCUUCGUGCUGCGUGUCCUCGAUGUGCAAAAGGAGGACGGAGGGAUUUACUCCUGUGUUCUCAAAGACAAGAGCAACACUGAAAUAUGGAGGACUGGAAGUUUCCUUCAACCAGGAGUUAUUCCUCCGACGUCUCCUACCAAACUAAUGACACCAAAAUCCAAGCAUGCCUGUCGCUGUCCUAAAAAAAGGACUUUAGAUGCGUUUUCUCCAGCUGAGUGUAAACCUCGAGUUCUGUGGCCGUUGACUGGAUUGGCUGCAGCACUGGCUGUAUCUCUUCUCUGCACGCUGUACUACUUUAGCCGGCUUCCAAAGAAGUGCCGUCACCAGUUUUCUAAAGCAAGGACAAAGCACUGAUGCCCUGAUGUCCUGCUUAUGCUGUUCAUACAAGACUCCAGGUACAUUCUAAAAACAUCAGAAAGACAAGAAGGAUUACUGAAAAAUAUUUAACUGGUCUACAGAGAACAAAGCUUAGGGCCCAACUAUCGUAUCCACUGCCCUACAUAGAGCAUCAAGAAUGGGAGCCACAACCUGUUUACCUAAAGUAGCCCAUAUUGGAUGCUAGUCUGGACAUUAGAUGGUUGUCGGGCCCAUAAAACCAGAACCAUAAAAAGUUAUAUUUCGUUGAAAUUGGUGACCUCUUCACACAUCUGACACACACCUGACAUCAGAUGUGUCACCCAUCCCUUUGCCAUUACUCAACUAGCAUCACCUAAAGAAAUACAUAUGGACAUGUUAAAUAUUACGUGUAGCAAUAAACCGUAGUAAUCCGUGAAUAAAGUUUUUUAAAGUCACAAUUUCAUGCUGUGACUGAUUAACACAUUUCAUUCAUUAAAUCAUUAACAGCAUGUCUGUAUUUACAACUCACAGCUCGUGACAGAAUGUCGGCGUGGAUGUAAAUAUUUCUACUGUGCCGAUGACAACAUCCCAUCUAGCCCACAUAGACUCUUGGCCCAUUUCAGCAGUGACUUGUUGAAAUUCAAUAAGCAUGUAUGGUUAUAACUGAGAUUGUGUGUUAGGUAGAAACAGUGAAACCACAGUUUAUAAACUGUUCAUAAAAAACUAGAUUGUGGUUUCAGCUGAUUCCAGGCCUGUUAAUUGAACUAAAUCAUCCUGUGAUCUGUUUUAAUGUCCCUUUCCUUUUGACAGCUUUAUAAUCGCUUCUGUUGUAAGAUUUAUUUGUAUUUUGAGAAAUGAUGGUUGUUUUACAGAUUAAUGAACAAUUACAAGAGCAUCAAUGGCAGCUAAGAUGCAUGUAUAUAAUAUGUAUGUAUAAAACAGGGCUGUCAAAUGAGUGCAUUAACAACAAUAUUGAAAUAGUGAAAUGGAUCAAGUUGAAUUUUAAACCCAUUUUAAGGCAUGGUCAAUAUGGCACACACACACUAUAUAACGACACACACUUUGAUUAAUCGAAUUAUCAAAUUUGUUUGACAGCCCUAGUAUACAUACAUACACCCACGUAUAUAUAAAUAAAUCCGGUACUGUUGUUUUAUUUCAGCAAUUCAAUUUCUGUAUGGAAUUUCAAUGUCCUACGUCAAAAAUAAAACCUUAAAGCAAAAAAGGCUUUUAUUCAUGUAGAAAGAAACCCACACUGUGGUUAAGACACACAGCACUGUUGUGUUCAAAAAAUAUUUUCCAAAUUUGGAAACAACCUUUUUGUACUUUGUUUCACAACACUAUAUUGCGUAUGUCUUGUACAUAGAUGAUAGGUAGGUGAGUGUCAGGGUUCCUAUUUUUUGCCUUUACUUUGAAAUUGUAAACUUGCAUCACCAUAAAGGGAACACGUGUACUGGUGAUUAGAGCUCAAUUCAAGGCCUCAGUAAAGUCAAGUCAGGAGUUAAACGGAAAGACACAUCUGACUCAAAAGAUGACAGAAUUGAUUUCCUGGUGGUUUCACUGAAGUCUAAGUCAGACAGUAUGAGCUGGAGUCACACGUUCUGGACUUGAGUCCAACAACACUAGAAACAGCUUAAAGAACAGUCAACCCACUUUAGGUGAAAACAAGUCUUUACUCCGUGUACUGCGCUACACCUGUGCAACUGAGAGGGUAAAGACAGUCUGUGGUUUUAUUCACAUCUUGAGAUAUAUGUUUGAGAUGUGUUUGCAUGUACUGUCUGAGUACGAGCUCUUCCUGUGUGCUAUCUUUUCACACAUCUCUAAACUCUUCAUCUCACCUGACACAAAAAGACCACAACAACACCACAGAGCCACAGAGAGAGGAGACGAGAGCGUUUCAGUUUUGAAUUCAAACAAGAGAAUUAAGAAGUCAUUUCUAUUUAGGACUUGUAAGACAAUGUUAAACUUUAGAGCAAUUUAAUAGUUAAUAGUUAUUAAGUUAACACUAGUAGAUGAUAUAAUUCUUCACAAAUUUAACCAUCAUGUAUUUUAUUAAAUGUCGUGCUAUAAAUUAAUACACUGCACAAGGUUACUGUCUCACAGUGUAUAGAUGAGGCAUUUACUGUACUCUGGGUAACUGAGUAACCUUUUGAUAAGGACUAUUUAACUGACAUUGUGUGUGUAAAAACCUUCAUCCAAAAACAGUGUUUCCAGUUGAAAUGUGCUAACGGUGUAGAAAGUCUGUGUUAACUACGCUGAAAGUUUAAUAUUAUUUAUCUUUAUAUUAUUUGUAUUUAUUUUCCAUUGAGUUAUAUUGAUGUUGUUCUGUGUCAUUUUGAAGACAUGUCUUAGUACAAAAACAUUUCUUUGACUAUGGCUAGAAAUAUUCUUCUGUUAAUGAGAAAAAAACUGUCAACAAGCAUUUUUCUGCUUGGCCUCCUCACUCUGGUUUGUUGAGGUCUCUCUCUCUCUCACACACACACACACACACACCCACAAGGCUGAGCCUGUAGUUCAACACUGCCUUCCAGUUCAUUGCAUAAUUUGUAAUUCUAACCAGAAAAGUCAAUGACGGUACACGGUGAGUACACAAAUGAAAUGACAUGUAGUCGUAUAAGUUCAUUCAUAUUUUGUUCCUGUUUUUGUGUUCACAGUCAAAGUCUCUUUAUUUUAGACUUUAUUUUGUUGUGGUCAAAUUGACUGUUAAAUAAUGUUUACCUUGUAAACGCUGGUUGUCUGUUGUUUGUCUGUAUUUGCAGUACAGACUAAGGGUUUACUUGGUAUCUGAUAAUCAUGUUUUCAAUUACUUCACAGCACUGCUUACUUUGUGUGCAUGCUUUUCUUGUUAACAAAGUGUUAUUUUAAAAAUCAAAAUCAAAUCUUUUUAUUGUUGUUAUUGUUAUUUGUAUUACAGUGUCUGUAUACACACUCUUACUAUGUUUUAUUUUUUGACAAAAAACAUCUUAAAAUUUCUUUAAAGACAAUUGUAUAAAUCAAGAAAAAUCAUCUUGUAUUUACAGUACAAAGUCUGUGCUUAUAAUCUGAACAUUCUUGUUGUAUCGUUCUGGUUUUCAACAACAUUCUAUAAUAUUCUGUAAUAUAAUCUGUAAUGGCCAGCAGUAGUAAUUAAAAAUGUUCCUGCUACAAACACAGUCACAGCAGUUGAAUGUAAAGUUAUAAAACACAACAGUGCAGCAUACAUAAAUACAUGAACAACUCAGGAGUUUCAGGUUGAUUGGAAGCCCAUGCAGGUGAGUAAGACAGGGGUAAAACCCCACUGAGUGUCCUCUCUUCACAGAAACACAUCAACAGAAUCCCCUGCUGCCUACACACUGAUGAUGAUAAAUCAAAGAUUUAAAUCGAAGAUUUUUUC